UAAUGAAUUUUAAAGAAUAUAAAUGUCCAAAUAUCAUUGUUGACAAGAAAAGCAAAGAAUAGUCUACUCUUGAGCCUGUUCUAUUGCAAAACUAUAUACAUGACCCCAAUCCAAAACUCUACGUGCAUGCGUCUCAAGUUUGGAAUAAUUAAGAAUGUUCAAGCAAGUAAAGCAACCCAAUCAGGAGGAAAACAUGGAAACCACAUCAUGCAAUUAUACAAGCAAAUUAUAUAUAGCUUCCACAUGCAGAUUGCAUUCAAAUUGUGCAAAUUAUAACAGCGUCUAUCACAUUUCUUCAAUACCAAUUUCUUACAAUCUUAAGUUUCUUAUUAGUUGUGAUUUUGUUCGUCCUUAAUGGCCAAUGCUGGAGGUACCCCAAGGCUUAGAGUAACAAGAGCUGGAGCACGCACUGCACUUUUUGAAGAGAUUGUACCUAAUUCUGGAUGGUCAGAGGACUCUACCAGCCAUUAUCUUCUGGUGGAUCUUCCUGAAUUCAAGAAGGAAGAUGUGAAGCUUCAGGUUGAUAGCAGUGGACGUAUUGUUGUUAAGGGAGAAAGGCAAGCAAGUGAGCAGAAACGUGUUCGUUUUCAUCUGAGUUUUCCUGCACCAUCGGAUUCUGAGGUCGAUAAGAUAGCUGGAAAAUUCGACGGAGGAAUACUUUACGUGACUCUCCCCAAACAAAUUGUGCAAGCGAACAAAGAGAGUGAUAAUGAGGUAGCGGAAAAUGGCAGUGUUGAAAGAGCAGAAGAAAAUGAUAGCCAUAUAACCAAUGCAAAUGAUGAGGGGAGAGAUUUUAAUCAACACGUUGGCCAUGCUCAUGAAGGGAGAGAUUUUAAUCAACACGUCGGCCAUACUCAUGAUGAGGGGAGAGAUUUUAAUCAACACGUCGGCCAUACUCAUGAUGAGGCGAGAGAUUUUAAUCAACACGUCGCUCAUGAUGAGGGGAAAGAUUUUAAUCAACACGUCCGCUAUGCUCAUGAAGAACACAAAGAAGAAAGAAAUGAAAAUGUACACAUGGGGGAUUUUUCUGGAGAAGUGAUAAGGAAGUGGGAUCAAGAAACCAUGUUAAGAAGUGCAAUGGAUGUUUUAUGGAAAAACAAAGAAAUUGUGCUAACUGCUGUUAUAGGCUUCUCCUUUGGGAUGUAUGUAUCUAGUAAAUUCCAAUUUUCAGAAGCUCUAUAAGAAUUCCUCUGACCUGCAACCAGGAUUGCAUAUCCACCAAUAAGUGCCUUUCAUAUGUAUCUAUAGAACUAAGUAUCAUGCAGAUAUUCAAACAUUAAACAUAAAUCUAAUGUAUCCUUCUUUGUUUCCAAUCUUAA